AUCUUCACAAAAGGCGUGGAGAAUUGAACAAAGCAACAUGGGAACUGACCAAAGUCACGCAUAAUACUGCAUUGGCACUACAGCAAAUUGAAGUUCUUUAUACACCGGAACAGAUUGAGGCUCUUGUGAAAGAAGGAGAAGAAAAUGCCGAAA